CGGGGGCCAGCUUCGGCGGCGCCAUCGUCCGCUGCGGUCCCCGGGCCCCCCACGGCCGGCGGCAGUUGCCGCUGUCGCCUCUCCCCUCGGCGCCGGUAAGGAACUCCCUGCGCUCCUGGGGCGCGGGGAGGCCGCAGCCGCCGGGCUGUGCCCGCGGCGGGCGGGGCCAGGCCCGGCCCCAGCCCGGCUGCGCCACCGGGGCCUGCCCGGGGUGGGAGAUGAGGAGGAGGAGGAGGGACUCCGCAGCGGCAACAACUGACGUGUCCCCUCCAUGGAGCUCGGCGUGAUUCAUCAGCGGCGGCGGGGCGGCAGCGGGGUGCCGCGCACCGUCCCCUCGUAGGCACGGCCGCAGCGGGGGCAGCCCCGGCACCGUUCUGCCGCCCGCACCGUCCUCUUCCUCCGCGCCGCCUGCUCCUCUGCCCCCGCGGCUACGCGAGGAUCCCGGAGGAGGCAAAAUGGAAGAAAUCUUGCGAAAGCUGCAGAAGGAGGCGUCGGGGAGCAAGCACAGGGCCAUCAAGGAGAGCUGCACCUGGGCCAUCGAAACCUUGGAUUCUCCUGAUGCUGCUGUCAAGAUACCUCCAUAUCAGCUAAGGGAGAAGUGUCUCCUUCCUCUCCAACUGGCUCUGGAAUCAAAGAGCAUGAAGCUGGCCCAACAGGCUCUAGCAGGGAUGCAGAAGCUGCUGUCUGAUGAGAGGUUUGUAUCCGUGGAAACAGACUCAGAUGAGAAACAGUUGCUUAAUCAGAUGCUGAAUGCUGUCAAAGUGACUCCUUCGCUCAACGAAGACCUGCAGGUUGAAGUGAUGAAGGUCUUGCUCUGUAUAACAUAUACCUCCACAUUUGAGCUGAAUGGGAGUUCAGUGUUGAAGAUUGCUGAGUUGUGUUUUGCAUGCCAUAGAGCUGGAAGUCCCCGAAUGCAUGAAAUGAUCAAAAUGUCCAUUGCACACCUCCUCGGGGCCCUGAGCUCUCCCAUUUUUACUGGUGCUUCUUCAUCAAUGGCUUUUCAAAAGGUUUGCAUUGAGACAUAUGUAUCUAGCUGUCACCAGCGGAGCAUUAACACCGCUGUGCGGGCAACCCUCAGCCAAAUGUUGAGUGACUUGACUUUACAGUUACGACAAAAGCAAGAAAAUAUGACAAUUGAAAACCAUGACGCCUUGCAGAAAUUCAAGACUCAAGGUACUUCAGCUGAGUCUCUUUGUGAUGAUGUUGUAUCUGUCCUCACUGUGCUCUGUGAGAAGCUCCAGGCUGUCAUAAAUGACAAUCGGCAACUUCAGCUUCUUUACUUGGAGUGCAUCCUCUCCAUGUUAAACAGCUCCUCUCCCAGCAUGCACCAACACAAAGGGUUCACUGAUCUCAUAUGGAAGCAACUAUGUCCAGCCCUAGUAGUAAUCCUGGGAAAUCCAAUCCAUGACAAAACUAUCACCUCUGCCCACAGCAGCAUUUGCCUUGAGGCUGAUUCACCUUCCUCAGGGAUCUCUGAUCAUGGCCGAGGUUCAGGUUGUUCCUCCACAGCACCUGCCCUCAGUGGGCCCGUUGCACGGACCAUAUAUUAUAUUGCAGCAGAACUGGUUCGACUGGUGGGGUCAGUGGAAUCCAUGAAGCCUGUGCUGCAGUCACUCUAUCACCGGAUAUUGCUUUACCCACCACCUCAGCACCGAGUAGAAGCCAUCAAAAUUAUGAAGGAGAUACUUGGCAGUCCUCGGCGUCUUUGUGAUUUGGCAGGGCCCUGCUCUUCUGAGUCAGAAUCCAGAAAGAGGUCUAUUUCUAAAAGGAAGUCCCAUCUGGAUCUUCUCAAGCUCAUCAUGGAUGGGAUGACAGAAGCAUGCAUCAAAGGUGGUAUUGAAGCAUGCUAUGCUUCAGUAUCUUGUGUCUUUGCCCUGCUUGGAGCAUUAGAUGAGCUGAGCCAAGGGAGGGGUCUUAGUGAAGAGCAGAUCCAGCUGCUGCUCCGUCGCUUAGAAGAAUUGAAGGAUGGGACCGAGACAAGCAGGGACUCCAUGGAGAUCAAUGAUGCCGACUUCAGGUGGCAGAGGCGCAUCCUGUCCUCAGAAAAUCCUGCCUGGGAAUCAGGAAAUGAAAAGAGUCCUGAUAUUAGCAUUAGCGUUACCACAGACACUGGUCAGACCACUUUGGAAGGGGAUAUGGGGCAGACAACUCCAGAGGAUAAUCCAGAAAGUCAAAAAAACUCACUGCCAUCUCCAGCUGGACACGAAAGCAAAGAGAUUCACUAUAGAGAACCAGAGUCAGAAACCAUCGACCAGCCAGAUGUUGUUCAGAGAAGCCACACCAUAGUCUAUCCAGAUAUAACUAACUUCUUAUCAGUUGAUUGCAAGACCCGGUCCUAUGGAUCCAGAUACAGUGAAAGUAACUUCAGUGUAGAUGAACAGGACCUUUCAAGGACUGAGUUUGAUUCAUGCGAUCAGUAUUCCAUGGCAGCAGAGAAAGACUCAGGCAGGUCAGAUGUCUCAGACAUAGGCUCUGACAAUUGCUCCUUGGCUGACGAGGAGCAGACACCACGGGAUUGUCCAGGUCACAGAUCCUUACGUACUGCUGCUCUCUCUCUGAAAUUGCUGAAAAACCAAGAAGCAGACCAGCACAGCGCACGGCUGUUUAUCCAGUCACUUGAAGCUCUUCUACCUCGGCUUAUAGCUCUUCCCAGCAUAGAGGAGGUGGAUGGAGCACUGCAGAGCUUCUCUUCAACCUUCUGCUCAGUUACUCACCUUAUCCACGCCCCCAAAGUGACGACAGUGGAAAGUCCGAGAAGGCAGCAGCACAGAGCUUUCAAACCCUCACGAGGUAUGAUGCACUCACCAGGAUUUGAGGGAAACCUAAAUUUCAGCUUCCAGACUCUGAUGAAUGCAGACAGUCUCUACAUGGUCUCACAUUACACUCUGCUGCUCAACCUAAAAUUGGCCAACUCAGAUUACUACAGGAAGAAGCCUGCCCAAGCCCCUGUGUUGCUGAAGGAGUUCAUGAAGCAGGUCCAGUCCAGUGGAGUGUUGAUGGUAUUUUCCCAGGCCUGGGUUGAAGAACUGUACCACCAGGUACUAGAAAGGAACAUGCUAGGGGAAGCUGGAUACUGGGGAAGCCCUGAAGAGCACAGCCUUCCACUUAUCACCAUGCUGACUGACAUCGAUGGUUUGGGAAGCAGUGCAAUUGGUGGCCAAUUAAUGGCAUCCGCUUCAGCUCAAUCUCCUCUUUCCCAAAACCGGAAGACAGAUGAUUCUGUCGUUGCAGGAGUUGCUUUUGCCCGAUACCUUUUAAUCGGCUGUUGGAAGAACUUGAUUGACACUUUGUCCACACCACUGACCGGCCGCAUGGCAGGCAGCUCCAAAGGGCUGGCCUUCAUCUUGGGAGCAGAAGGAGCCAAGGAGCAGAACCAAAAGGAGAAGGACUCCAUCUGCGUGAGCCUGGAUGGACUGAGGAGGGCAGCCCGGCUGAGCUGUGCUCUAGGAGUUGCUGCUAACUGUGCAUCUGCUCUUGCCCAAAUGGCUGCUGCCUCCUGUGUCCAAGAAGAGAAAGAGGAAAAAGAAAUUCAAGAGCCCAGUGAUACUAUAGCUCAAGUGAAACAGAAAGUGGAGCAGAAACUGGAGCAGAUGGGGAAAGUGCAGGGAGUCUGCCUGCACACUGCUCAUGUUUUGUGUAUGGAUGCAGUCCUUAACGUGGGCCUGGAGAUGGGAAGCCACAAUCAGGACUGUUGGCCUCAUGUGUUCAGGGUGUGUGAGUACAUCAGCACACUGGAGCACACCCACUUCAGUGACAGUGCUUCCCAGCCCUCCCUUACCAUCACCCAGUCACAGCAGGCACCUGGAGGGCUGCACCCAGACCCUGAGCCUGGGGAGUCUCCCCAGGUACUGACCCCCGAGCAGGAGACCACCCUCAGCAGCAAUCCCGUCAUUCAGCCGGUUUCCAUCCAGGAACUCAUCAAGGAGAGCAGUAAGGGCAGAGCUUUUGACUUCCGUGGAGGCAGCCUGCUGUGUGGGACCAGUGCUGCCAAGGCUGUUCUCACGCUUUCCACGCAAGCUGACAGGCUCUUUGAAGAUGCUGCUGACAAGUUAAACUUGAUGUCACUGGCAGGCUUCCUUUACCAGCUCAAGAAGGCUUCUCAGGCCCAGCUUUUCCAUUCAGUCACAGAUACAGUUGAUUACUCCCUAGCAAUGCCAGGUGAAGUAAAAUCUACCCAGGACAGGAGAAGUGCACUUCACCUGUUCCGACUUGGUGAUGCCAUGCUCAGAAUUGUAAGGAGUAAAUCUCGCCCAUUGCUCCACCUCAUGCGCUGCUGGAGCCUGGUGGCACCUCAUCUUGUAGAGGCGGCCUGUCAUAAGGAGAGACACGUGUCUCGGAAAGCUGUCUCCUUCAUCCAUGACAUCCUCACUGAAGUGCUGACAGACUGGAAUGAGCCUUCUCAUUUUCACUUUAAUGAGGCGCUUUUCCGCCCCUUUGAGCGUAUCAUGCAGCUAGAGCUCUGUGAUGAGGAUGUCCAAGACCAGGCAAUCACUUCUAUAGGAGAGUUGGUGGAAAUGUGUUCUACCCAGAUCCAGUCAGGAUGGAGACCCCUGUUCAGUGCCCUGGAAACAGUGCACAGCAGCAGCAAGUCAGAGGUUAAAGAGUACCUUGUAGGAGAAUACUCUAUGGGGAAACGCCAGGCUCCGGUGUUUGAUGUCUUUGAAGCAUUUCUAAACACAGACAGCAUCCAGGUCUUUGCCAAUGCCGCCACCAGUUAUAUUAUGUGCCUUAUGAAGUUUGUCAAAGGACUGGGGGAAGUAGAUUGUAAGGAGAUGGGUGACUGUGUGCCAGGAUCAGGAUCUGCAUCUACAGACUUGUGCCUUCCCGCGCUUGAUUACCUCAGGAGAUGUUCUCAGUUGUUAGCCAAAAUCUAUAAAAUGCCCUUGAAACCCAUCUUCCUCAGUGGCCGGCUGGUUAACUUGCCCCGAAGAGUGCAGGAACAGUCAGCCAGCAGUGAGGAUGGUAUUGAGUGCAUCCUUUCUGACUUUGAUGAUGACACUGGCCUUAUCAAUGUCUGGAUUAUUCUGCUGGAAGAAUUAACAACUGCCAUAUCCAACUGUCCCCGCCAGCACCAGCCUCCAACUUUGGACCUGCUCUUUGAAUUGCUGAGGGACGUUGCCAAGACACCUGGCCCGGGAUUUGGCAUUUAUGCAGUUGUACAUCUUCUUCUUCCCACGAUGUCUCUUUGGCUCCAUCGCAGCCAUGGCGAUCAUUCUUACUGGGAUGUGGCAUCUGCUAAUUUCAAGCAUGCCAUUGGCCUUUCCUGUGAACUCGUAGUGGAGCACAUUCAAAAUUUCAUACACUCAGAUAUUGGUUAUGAAAAUAUGAUCAAUACUAUGCUGAAAGAUCUUUUCAAGUUGCUGGUAGCCUGUGUAGCAGAACCAACAGAAAUUAUUUCCAGAGUUGGCUGCUCUUGUAUCAGGUAUGUGUUAGUGACAGCAGGGCCUGUUUUUACUGAAGAGAUGUGGAGGCUUGCAUGUUGUGCCUUGCAGGAUGCGUUCUCUGCCACUCUGGAGCCAGUAAAGAACCUGUUGGGCUAUUUCCACAGUGGUUCUGAAAGCUUUAGUGGAGAUGCCUGCGAAGUGAAGGUGGCAGCCCCCUCCCUCUCUCCAAGUGCUGAAGCUGAAUACUGGAGGAUCAGAGCCAUGGCACAACAGGUCUUCAUGCUGGAGACUCAGUGCUCCCCAAAGACCCCUAGCAACAAGGAAGGGUUUGAACACGCCCAGUCGUGCGUGCUCAUCAUUGACCUGCCACCAGAUAAGAAACCAAAUGGGCAUACCCAGAGAAGUAUUCCUUUCAGGACAAUAGUGGUGAGCUUGCUGUCCCACCAAGUACUGCUCCAGAAUUUAUAUGACAUCUUACUGGAAGAGUUUGUGAAAGGCCCUUCUAACUUGGAGGAGAAAAUGACAGUACAAGUACCAGAAAACAAGUUGGCUGGUUUUCUGAGGUACAUCUCCAUGCAAAACCUGGCUGUCAUCUUUGACUUGCUGCUGGACUCCUAUAGAACAGCCAGAGAGUUUGACACCAGACCUGGGUUGAAGUGUUUGCUGAAAAAAGUGUCAGGUAUUAGCGGAGCUGCCAACUUGUAUCGCCAGUCAGCAAUGAGCUUCAACAUCUACUUCCAUGCUUUGGUUUGUGCAAUCUUGACAAACCAGGAGAACAUCACUGCAGAGCAAGUGAAAAAGAUCCUCUUUGAAGAUGAUGAGAGAAGUACAGACUCCUCACAGCAGUGUUCUUCAGAAGAUGAAGACAUUUUUGAAGAAACUGCCCAGGUCAGUCCCCCACGAGGGAAGGAGAAGAGACAGUGGAGGGCUCGAAUACCAUCUCUGAGUGUACAGCCAGUCAGCAAUGCAGACUGGGGAUGGCUAAUCAAGCGGCUUCAUAAGCUCUGUAUGGAACUGUGCAACAACUAUAUCCAGAUGCAUCUGGACCUGGAGAAUAAUGUAGAGGAGCCUCCAGUGUUCAAAGGUGACUCUUUCUUCAUUUUACCAUCCUUUCACUCAGAAACCUCCACCCCGUCGACUGGAGGGCAAUCUGGGAAGGACACACCAUCAGAAGAUGACCGGAGUCAAAUCAGGGACCAACUGGGAGACAGCCUGACACCCCGAGGAGGGAGUGGAGAAAUGUUGCUGCUACCCCCACCCCUAAGUCCUAAACCAGAGAAAAAAGAGCAAACCAGGAAAAAAGAAUGGUGGGAGAGUGCUGGCAACAAGAUCUACACCAUAGCCACUGACAAAACUAUCUCCAAGCUUAUGACGGAGUACAAGAAGAGGAAGCAGCAACAGGCCAUGACCUCUUUCACCAAAGAGGUCAAAGUGGAAAAGAAAGGGGAGCUCCUUGGUUCAAGAGGGCCAGACUCACCUAUACUCCAGCGGCCUCAACAUCUUAUAGAUCAAGGUCAAAUGAGGCAUUCAUUCAGUGCUGGUCCAGAGAUCCUGAGACAAGAGAAGAGACCACGCUCAGGAUCCACAGUCAGCUCCCUGAAUAUAUCUGUUAGGGAUGCUGAGGCCCAGAUACAGGCAUGGACCAACAUGGUGCUGACAGUUCUCAACCAGAUUCAGGCCCUGCCAGACCAAACUUUCACAGCCCUGCAGCCAGCGGUGUUCCCCUGUAUCAGCCAGCUGACUUGCCACGUGACAGAUAUCCGUGUCCGCCAGGCAGUACGGGAAUGGCUGGGAAGAGUGGGCCGAGUUUACGAUAUCAUCAUUUAAACCUAGCUGUGCUCUGUUGCAAAGGGGAGAAGACAUCCAAGGUAUACAGCAAAGAAGUAUCUGGGGUUCAUUAAUUGCUUAUUUGUUGGUGAUAAAUUAAGAAACAAUGAACUUGUCGAUGUAUGUCCUCUGUCCACUUGAGACUGCAUGUCCCUCCCUCACACUAGCAAAGGAGGCAAAGCAAGUGUGUCCAGGGGGGAUCUGGAAUGGCCUCAGAAUCUAGAAACUGCCAGUAAAUCAGGCUGGUACCUAAAGGGGUUAUACAUUUCAGUAGCCUUCAUUUUAAUUCAAAUUUGCAACAAUGAACCUGCAGCUGAACUUCCACACUUGGCAAUUAGCUGUGAACACAAACUCUCAUCUGGAUGUCAAACUGGGCCAGUAAGCCCAUGUAAAUUGAAAAAAAUAAAUAAAAGUCAGGAAAAAGGUGGGGCUAUAGGAGAAGUAAAAAGGUGACACUUGCUUAGGGUAACUUUUUUCCCUUCUGAAAUUAGCAUGAGAGAGGAAGGCCAAAUAAAGAUUAUUACAGUAACUAUAUGCCUCACUCACUAGAGAAAGUGGAAAUUUAUUUUGCUCUGGGAAGAGCCUUUGAAGUCUGGUCACAUUUGGGUAGCUAAUAAGUGACUAUUAAAGUAUCCCAGGUCUAAAACUGGUGAAUGAAGCACAGACUAUUCAUCCUUUCAUUGCUCUUGUGGAGUACUGCUUGAAGAGAAAUGGCACUGUCAAGCUGCCCUCUCUACAACACUACCCUGGCUGCCUCUUCAGCUAUGCCUACAGCUCAUCAUUUUCCCAUGCAUCUAAUUCCCCCCAAGGGCAACAGGGAAGUUUGUUUUGCUGCUUCCAGUGAAGCUGAGGGGAAGACCCACCACAGAGCAAACACCAGCAUGUGCCAAUAUCCAGCAUUCAACUAAACAGUAGCGAUAAAGUGUUUCAGUUUAAGCAACACUGCAGCUAAGUUAGUUUAUGCUUCUACUGGAAACUUACACAUUUGCUUAUAUAGAGCUGCUGUAGCCAGGAACACCCUUAUCACCUAUGUUAAACUCAGCCUAGCACUCCACAUUGAGCUAAAUCAAGAUGGAAAAUAGUCUGAAAAGAAGAUAUCUUUCCUGCUUCUCUCCCUUUUCUUGUCUGCUGCUGUAAAUAAACAGAAGGGGACAGAUCCUCCUGGAGGUACACCCCCUCUAUGCAGUGCUCAUAGGGACUACUACAAUUUGCUGAUAUUAUUAAGGGGGAGGAGAAGGGGUAAGGAUUGUCAAAUACAUGUGUGAUGCUGUGCACACUAGACACAGCAAAGGGUUACCACAGCCCCUGGGACAUUCCAUCUUAUAUUCCCAUACUACAUAAUUUGUUGACUAGAAGUUGAAAUAAUUUGUUGAAAAAUAAGUUGAUUUUAAUCUUGGGUCACCCCUUAGUGAUGUUCUCGCAAGGCUUUUAAAAUGCGUACACUAACUAAAUAUACAGCUUCAGUCCCUGCUCCAAAGCAUCCUCAAAACGGCAUCUCUUUAUAUCAGGCCUGGGUUUUGCACAACUAACUGCUUUUAGCAUCUUAAACCUAGAAAAACAGAGUGAGCCAGGAGACUCCACUGAACAGCCAUUGCCCAAGCUGAUGGCUUUACAAAGAGUCUGCCACUAUCCUCCUGCCUUUUCCCUCCAUUGCCCACUUGCUUCCCAUUUGUCACCUGCUAGACUUGUGCAGGGAAUGUUUGUCCUGUAACUUUCUGUAAUAUCAAUCACACUGUUUCCCUUUCUUUCAAAACUUUCCUUUGCUAAAUUAUUUCAAGGACAUAAAAAUUCCUUAAAAACAACCUUCUUACCAUCUACAUUGACUUUAUAAAUGAGUAAUUUAACAAUUUUAUCAAUUGUCAAUCCCCCCCCCCCCAGUUUUUGUACUUCCUUAGGGACAGAUGAGAUUAGCCCUUGGUAUAUGGGAGAGUAGCGGCAUGGUUUGAUUUCUGUUGCCGUGUCUUUCUUACACAUCUUUAAGCAGAGUAAAAGGGUGGUUAUGUUUUUGUUAAAGUUUGUUAAACACCCACCUCUGCUGUUUUUCACUAUACAUGCAUUGAACAGAUACAGAUCCUUGCUAUACUAAUCUAAAACUGAAGCAAAUCCCUAAAUUAUGUUGAAGUAAAAUUGAUAGCAGUACCAAUGGAAUCACCCAGGACUCCAGAAGAGGGCCUAGUAUCUAGGAAACAGUGUGGUUAUGCAUUGUGGUUGCAAUACAAAAAUCCCUCUGUAAAACAUGAAGAACAGCUCUAGAAGUGACAGUACCACCACGCCCCCAAGUUCAUGAUCAAAGCAUAGCCUAGUGUUAUUCGAUUAGCCGCCAUCUUGACCCAAAAAUAUAAUUUCAUUUCAACUUUUUACACUACAGCUACCAUACUGGAAACAAGUAGGAGUAAAUUUGCUCUUUUGCUGUUGCCCUACCUUGAACUUUGCCCUCCAAAUUAUGCACUAAGUGCCCAUUGUCACCCUCAGUGCCUCUGCUCAUUAACAGCCCUCCAUAAGAGGUCAUGAGUAACUUUUUGAGUAAUUCCAGAAAUGUAAUUUAAAAGGAUUGGAAUGGGAGUGAAGGAAUCAUGAAGGCAGCAGGCUUUACAUAAGCAAAGUUUAGCAUGUGCUGCUAUUCUUUUCCUUAUAUGUAAAAUGGUAAGCAGGUGAGGAGAGCAGCCUAUCGCCACUUCAGGAACCAUUAAUCUGAGAUGCAGAAGCUUUCUGAUGCAUCUCCAAAGUAGAACUAAAUAAAAAAAAUGAAGUUGGUUCAUCAGAUUCUCAGCUACUUUUUUUUUGCUAGUUUAGCCACAGACAUCAGCAAGCCCCAAAGAAGUACAGCCCAAAACGUGUGAAGUCACCAUUUCAUAGACCUAUGCAGGCUGUUUCAUGCAUACUUUGGGCUUAAGGCUGUCAGCCUGCUACUUUCAGGCCUGACAGAGCUUUUAGCCCAAACGAGGAAUCUGCCAGAACAUCCCAGGAGAAGGUUACUGGCACCAGUCUGUCCAGAGCUUCAGAAGGGGACGCCCCAACUCUGAACACCCCAAUCACAUCCAGUUGUACCGUACUACAGCAGCUUUUCUGCUUUCCACUUGUGAGUGGGGAAGCACCUUGGUCAGUAGUACAACAUAGCCCUUGUAUCCACACGUGUAAGUCUUUCUCACGUAACCCAUUCAGAUGUUUACGUAAAGCCCUGUAACAUAAGACAUCAGCUAACAGCAGCAUAUUACUAGCUUUACUGGUGAAUCAGAACAUUUGACCCUUGAAAAACCAGUCUGUAUUAUAGCCUGAGCUUGCUCUUUCUCUUUGCUCCGGUUAAUGACCACAUCCUUCUCUUUUCUCACAGUUACUUUUUUUUGGUCACAUAAAUUUCUAUAGAAGUUGGGUUUGAUUUUUAUGGAACUGACCACUUAUUUUUAAAAAUGACUGGCCAGUCAUUUUUAUUUAACUGAACUGCCUAAAAAGAAAAAAGAAAAAAAAAAGCCAUUUGGCAUCCUUCUCAGGUACCAGAGCUGCACCUCUGCUGCCUUUGCUUAGUCCCCACCACCCUCCUCAGGGCUACCAGAGAAUCAGAGGCAACAACAUCUUGCUUUAAAAUCUUACAGUCAGGCAUGAACAGAGAAGGUUGCUGUUGGCCAGCAUCAACUAUCUUUACUCACAUGGAACAGCUCAUCACCGUACAAAUAUUUAAAGCGGAAAAAUCCAGCAUACUCAUGAGGGAAGUAUUACUCUUCUUGUUUAACAGGAGCAGGGUCUGACCCUAAUUGAUCCAGUUUCAGGCCAUUGUGUAUGCUUGCACUUUAUUCUGUAGCGUGAAUAUAUGCAGAUAUAGGAUAUGACUGAUGUGUUUAUGUGUGGAUUCCUGUAGCUCCAGUCUACUCUGAGCAUUCUGCAUAAUUACAGAGUGCUGUCCACAUUAGUAGUAUGUUUCUGAUGCUUUCUGAAUAUUUGUGUGACAUCAGCAAUAGUUAAUGCAGUUGUUCUGGCAACUUACCCGCAGUAGUCCUUUCUGAGCAUUCAGCAGCCAUAGAAUUACCAGCACUAUCCCUUGGUUAACUUGCUUUCACAUCUUUAAGAUGUUAAGGUACCGAUUUAAUACUCUCCUAGGAAUAAACACUCACUUGAGAAUAACUGACUCAAUUCAGCAUCUAGAAAGAAUUAUGAGGGAAAGAUGUACAUAGACCUGGGCAAAACUUUCCUUGUAAAACUCCAAGCAUGGACAGCACAGCUUUUGCCUCACAGAUAAAAAAAUUCACGUCCUCUGGACUAUAGCUGGCUCAUGUCAAGGCUGAGCAGAGUUUACACCUGUGACUUAUAAGGUACUUUGCCUUUCAAUUUGAGCUUCAAGUUUUGUUUAAAACCUAAACCUUACUGUAAAAUUCACUGACAAAUCCUCACCUGCCAAAGAUAUAACCCCCACCUUUAAAUUCCUUGUGUUACUAGAUGUAAUCUCCAUCUGCACAUGAUACGGUAGCAUCUCAGUGUUGGUGUCUCCACUGCAGAGCUGGGCACAGCACCAGUGUGAGACCGAGUGGCAAACAAGCUAGCAAGGAGAGAGGUCCAGCUCCAUGUGCUGCCUGCACUUUGUACCUCUCCCCACAGCUUAGGCCCACGCUUAGAGUGCCUAAGCUGUUGGAAUCAAUGCAAGGUACGUACCUGGAUAUCUUUAAUACUCAGGACUCAGUCCCUGAUUCCUUCAGUCCCUACAUACAGGUUCACCAAGUUCUCAGGAAAGGGAAAGUCCUGCACAGUUCCUGAUGUCACCCUCUCUGCUGCUGUCCUCUGUACACCUUCCACUUGAAAAAUCUACAAGAACCAGCACAUAUUCCCACACAUCCCAGUGCCCCAAAAUUAGAACCUUCACUUCUGCACAGAUACAGUUUUAUCCUGUAGGAGGCUGACCACAGCAAGCCAAAGUAAUUGAUUUCUACCUAGCUCUUCUGUGUAAAAGCUUAUUCAGAAAUUGAGCACGUGGUUUGGCUAUUUUUGCCUUUAGGAAUCCAUUCUAGUAAUGCCAUUACUCAGUGAUAGAUAGUUUUUAGUUCACCAAAAAAAAGUUAAGUCCUUUCUUCCCUUGCCCUUGCUUUUGGGGGGGUGUGAUAAGUUUAUGUUUAAGGAAGCUAUUUACUCAUUACUCUGGUUGUAGUCAUUUCUGGGAAGACCUAUGUAUAGUGCUAAUUAUGGCAUAUGACAAAAUACAGUUGGGUUUUUUUCCAUUUCUGAUCAUUCUACAAUUAUUUGAAGAAAUGACGCAGUACCAUCAAUUAAAAAAAUACAGUUUUUCUUCCUUUUUAGUAUAAAAGGACCAAGUUACCAUAGCACUGAAGCACAAAUGUUGGAUUUUAUGCAAUGUAGAUAACAGCAUCUGGCAGCUAGAGAUCCCUCUUCACCAAACCUCCCUUUUUGAGUAGAGCUUCUAUAGGGAUACAAUGUAAAGGUCACUUAGCAGCCCUCACCAGCAACGCAUCUGGGACUCCAGGAUGUUGCACAGCUGCAAGGAAGAAGUCAUAGCUCCUCUUUCUGUUGUUUCCACUAAUCCCCCUCAGAACAUUUAUUUGUGACACUAACUGUAUCCUAUCAUACUAAACAAAGAGCUUUGGCCAAACAUGGGGGGCUGGCUAUUUAAAAAGAAAAAAAAAUAUAAAAGCAUGUGGCAUAAGUACACAUCAGUCUUUUCACUUAGUGCUCAGAGGUGUCCAAGCUAAUAACUAAAAGCAGAGGGAAGAAGAAAUGCCCUAAUUCUGUGGAUAUUGGUGGAGCUACACUGUAUGAUCCUGGAUUAAUGCAAUACCGAGCUCACCUGUGGGACCAGAUCCCUCAAAUCCUCUUUAUUUUUGGCAAAUUUGCAAGUUGAGGUUUGCAUAGUCUCCACUGCCACAUUGAAUCAGGGAACUGAGUUUAUGGAGGGCAUUUUCUGUUAAGAAACAUGGCAACAGCAUCUAUUUUGAUCCUUUUACCCCAACAUCCCACUUUUCAAAAGGUAGUUAUGUACUUCCAUACAUUUCAUCUAAAUACCACGGAGCACCAGGGCCCUGUUUGCUAUCCGUGCAUUCGGUUCAUCGGGGCUGCAGUGAAGUGCCAUGCUUCCACAAGCAGUGAACGGAAACGAGAGAGCUGAGCUAGUGGAGAGGCACAGGCACGCAGGUUGAAGCAAGGAACAAGUAUCACCCCCACAAGCAGGCUGUGGCUCCUCAGCCCCCAGCUCCGAAGGGGAAAGCAGGAUUUGAUACCAAAGGGAGAACAGCCAGGAAGGGCAGAGCUCUGCGGUGACAGGGUGCUGUACUGCACCCUGUUUGCUGGGGCAGAUGGGAGCAAGAGAUUGAAAAGUAUGCAAUGACAGCAGCGAGCACCUUCUUUCCAUUCCCCCCCCCCACUUCUCUCCCCUGCCCCUUUUUGUCAUUAUUUGUGAGACUGCAAGCACGCUUCCAUGGGCCCUUCAACCAGAACUGAAAACUGAAAGCAAGCCAAAGGGAGUGGACACUCUAUUUUGCCAAAGAUCUAAUCCUUUCCUGUUCAAAAACAAAAAAUCAAAUUUAUUUCCGUGACGAUGGCUGCCAUAGGAAGAAUUUUACCACAAAACAUGAUUCCCAGGACUUCAUCUCUCUAGCUGUAUAUUCAGGAGGAGCCACUAAUACUUUUUAAGAGACUGUAAUUUGCCUUGUCAAGCAAGUGCUUACAUUGGGUUUACCUUCUACUGAGUUCAUACCUAGCUGCAAUUCCCUGGUCUCAUCCACGUUUCCUCCCUCUACCUUUCUGCUGCUCUUUAGAAAAACACCUUCCCGUGUCCGCCGCGUCCUGUUGUGCUGCUAGCUUUGUUUGGUCCUUGGGUGUCCAGUGGUCAGGCAGUCACUGUCAGCUGGCUUGCAAAUUGUAUUUUGUGUAUAUUUUAUUCUGACUGAAUUCUGAAAUGGAAAUAUUUUAAAACAAAAAUUAUAAACUAUUUAUGUUGCUUGUGUUGUAGAAUAAAGAAGCAAAUGCAAAAUAAA